AUGACUACACGUGAUUAUAAAAGUGACUGCAUAAUUUUUGAUGAUAGUUAUGAAGGAUAUUCAGCGAAGAAUUUCACUUUACCAGAAAUCUAUGAAAAACAUAUUUCAACCAUUUUGGUUCCAAGUGGAAUGAUUGAGAAUCGUUUGGAAAGAAUGUCUAUUGAUAUACUGAGUGAAUAUGAGAAAUCUGGUGUACAAUCUGUCUACGUGAUUUGUAUAUUGAAAGGAGGUUUCAAAUUUGCUUCCGACUUAUUCAAAGCAUUACAAGAGUAUUCAUUUACACGUCGAAAUUACAUAAAAGUUAGUAUUGACUUCGUCGCUGCAAGUACAUACGAUGAUUCAGUAGGUCAUGAUACCAAAAUCACUCCGUGUACAAAUAUGGAGAAGUUCAGAGAUAAGGACGUACUCAUUGUUGAAGAUAUGGUUGACACGGGCACAAGUUUAAACGAACUGGAGAGAUUUGUGAAGAAAUACGAACCGAAAUCUGUUCGUUCAGCAUGUUGUGCAAUAACAUGUGUUGAUGUCAUUUUUCAAUUGAAUCACAGUUUACUGGUCAAAAGAAUAGCCGAGGUUCCUGGAUAUAAACCAACCUAUGUUGGUUUCGAAGUACCGAAUGUAUUCAUAGUUGGUUAUGGUAUCGACUACAACGAUCGCUUCCGUGAAUUGCCAGUAAGUGAAUUGGACGAAUGGAUAAUUUGUUGUUUUCCCAUUUGUGUUUGUUAUUAUAUGUGGGAUGAUCCAGUUGGAUGUGUGGAGUAA